CAAAGGCCAUCGUAAGGGAGAGAAUUAGCUUCAAUCUAUCUUAAUAUAUUGACUCUCCUCGUCUCAAUCGACACCAUUGGAAUUCCAAUCUCACCUAACAAUAAAUCCAAAUAUCCAUCUAUUCUUAUUCUUUAUUUUACAUAAUCAGAAGCGCCUACGAAGGAUCCCAAGCACAUUUCUGGGUGAAAAUCCAAACCCUGCAUCUGCACAAGGGUUUGAAAUCGUAGGCAUAAACAGAUAACCAAGGUUUAACGAUCGGGCCAAGAAAUUUCCGAGUAUAAUUGUAAUUGAAAUGGCUUCUCAGCACUGGAAGUUUCGUCAGCACUGGAAUGGGAGUUUUCAUUUUGACCCGCAAGCGCAGGAAGGUUCCUCGUCCGAUUCAGACACCUGCGGGUCUUCUCAUGCCAGUGGGUGGGAGGCUGCCAGUAGCUCUGCGCCUUCGCCCCACAGAACACGCCAGAUAAAUAGACAACGAAGAGAGCAUAGCAAUCCAUGGAGAGGGUUUGUGGUGGAGAGCUGGAGAAGUGCCAUUGCUGGGCCUGUGAGGCGAGGUGGGGGUAGAGUGUAUUUUCAUUGUGAUUCGUCCUCAUCUUCAGGGGCUGAGGAGACAAUGACAAGUGCAUCGGAGCUUUUAUAUCAGCGCCGCUCUCGUAUGGGUCGAAGCCCUGAAUUGCAGCUUCCUGAGGCAGCUUCCAGGCGGUUAAGAUCAAGCAGCUCCAACAUUCAUUCUCAUCGUCGUAGUAAUCACUACGAUCCCAGUUACCACCACUAUUACUGCCAUCGGUCACUGCGCUUGAGAAAUUCUCUUCAGCAAGUUCCUGAAGGGGAUGAUCAAAGUCAAUUUUCUGAACAUACUUCUACCAGUUCUAUGCACAAUGAUGAGACCGGCCAUGUUCGAAACAGGCUUAUGGGUACCUUUUAUGAGCAAGCUGCUGAAAAUAACAGCCUUCGUGGAGAGAUUAUGCAGGCAAGGGAGCGCCUUUAUCAGAGAUUUAGGGCUGCAUCUCUUGUAGGCAACAGGCACAAUAUCGCAGCUUCAACUGGUACAGAAAUUCGAUAUUAUUUUAGUGAAGAUCCAAUUUUAAGUGAUGAUGGGCUCACUGAAGCUGACUGGAACAGGGUUGUAUCCAGAAAUAGACUGUACGGGGAAGACCUGGAAGUAGAAAUUUAUGUUCCACGUGAGCCUAAGCCUCAAGGGCUUAAUCAGAAGGGCAUUAGUAAUUUGCAAAGAGAAUUAUUUGAGCCAAGGUCAACAGCUGGGAGCAAAGAAUCCAAAGAAGCAAAAUCAUCUUUAGAACAGGAAGAUUGUCCUGUGUGCUUAGAACACUUUUUGCCUGGUGAACAAUUGAUACGACUUGCAUGUCGUCACAGGUUUCACCCUGUUUGUUUGACACCAUGGCUCAAGAUCUGUGGGGAGUGUCCUUACUGCCGAGCCAAUGUACUUCAGGAUCAUGGGCCAAGUAUCAGUAAAUCUUAGUUCCAUUGAAGAUGUAGUUCUUAGUAUAUAGGAUGCCCCCAUGAAUCUAGUACUUGGUAUGACAUAUUGUAUUGAACUCGUGAAAGAGUUCAAUAAAUAUAGAGCAUGUUAAUACUUUCAUUUCAAGCAGUAAAUAUCUUGCUUUUGUCAUGCAAGGUAUGUAAAUGGUAAUAUAUUCUCAGGACGGUUGCAUUUUCCCAUAAAAUUGAGGCUGAAAGGCAUUUCUAUUGCUGGAUUCCA